CAAAUGGAUCAACGAGUAAGAGUCAAACUUCCAUCAAAGUCAAUAACCAUGGUCAAACCCACCUUUAAAAAAGUCCAAGUUGUUUACUACAUUUCCAAAAAUGGUCAGCUUGAGCACCCUCACAUCGUAGAGGUUACACAUUUGGUUCAUCACCAGCUAAAACUCAAAGAUGUGUUGGAGAGACUGAGUGUUCUCAGAGGAAGAGGAAUGCCUUCUCUUUAUUCUUGGUCUUGCAAAAGGAUGUACAAAAAUGGAUAUGUGUGGAAUGACUUGGGAGAGAAUGAUGUGAUUUGUCCAUCAGAAGGAGAUGAGUAUGUACUAAAAGCUUCUCAACUUGUAUUCCAUUCACCAGAUAAGCAUAUACUUGGUGAAUCUCAUAUGGCAGUUCCUAAACCGAAACGAGUAACACCAAAACAACACACCGAAUUCAGCGAAGAAGAACUAGACUUUGAAGAAAAACGAAUAAACUUCACAAACAAUUCUUCAAACCAUUCAAAAAUAAGCACCACUUUAUCACCACCAUCACCUCCACCAUCCACCACAUCUGGUGAAAGCAAUCCCACGUCCAAACGAUUUGAGGACGGGGAUCCUUACCCACCACUAAGCCGUAACUCAUUGUUGUUUCAGUUGAUGGCUUGUGGUGGGUCAAUAGGAUUUAAAGGAAAACCUGAUCAUAAUAAUAAUAAUAAUCAGUUGCAGCCUCACAAUGCGGCGGGUGCUAGGAAGAGUAGUUGUAGUAGUUCUAGUAGUUUGCAUAAGGGUGUUUUAUGUAAGGCGGCCGCAGCAGUAGAAGAUGAGAUAUGUUGUAUGUCUGAGAAUCCACGGUUUGGGAAUUUGCAAGCGGAAGAAAGGGAGUACUUUAGUGGCAGCAUUGUUGAGACAAUGACAACGGAAGACCGAGUUCAAGUUGAACCAAUUCUUACCAAGUCGUCUUCCUACAAAGAAGAGAGGAGGGCCAAAGUAACAAUAUUAAUGGCAGACGAAGAAGAAGAAGAAAUGAAGAAAGAGAAAAGUGUGGCAGGGAAAUGCAUCCCAAACAGAUUUUGUUUAAAGCCUACAAAGAUUUGACAUGCCCUAUGCUCUAUCUAUCGAUUCUCUCUGUGUUUUUACCUCAUCAAUGAAUUAAGCUUGGAAAUUUGUUAUAUUUCUAACUUGGUGUAACUUCAACUUUCACAUGAUAUUAAUUUGACAUGGGAUCCCCUGUCUUGUCUUGUUUGAAAUAUA